CCUCCAAACGAGUACCCAAACGCCUGCCGGAUGCCAGGGAUAGAGCCAGGCCCAGGCCUCGCCCGCUCUCCCGUCUUCUUCGUCUCAGAGCGUCAGCAAAACUCUGCCGAAAAUGUCCCAGCCUCUUCCCCUCCAAAUCGUUCCACCGGACAACAGAUUCCAGUCGCCCCACCAAAACCCUAACCCUAAUCCUUCUACUUCUCGCUCUCCAGCAUCUCAGCCAUGGCAGGAGAUCGCUCGAGCCUGGCUCUCCUCCCUCCCGAAGAACCGCAACCCCACGACUGGCGAGAUCGACACCUGGAUCGAUUCGAACCAGGCCGUUCUACCGGAGGAUUUCAGAUCACUCUCCCGCCCGGAGCUCCACAAGUGGUUCCUCUCCCUCCACAACCCCGCCCUGGGUCCCCACCAGGUGGAAACGAGUGGCCAGGUGGAGUUUCCCUACCGAUUCCAGCGUACGGACCUUUGGAAGCCAGUUUACAGGUGGUUGGAAUCGCUGGAUAAGGAUGUCUUGGUUAGUGGUAAAGAGAUCUCGGAGUGGCUGUCGGCGAACCCAUUGGUCAUGGAAAGGUUGUUCUCGAAGCAUUCUCAGUACCAUAUGAUGCACUACAUUCAGAGAAUGCACUUGAAGCUGCUGAAGAAGAGGGGAAAGUUACCAAAGAGCUUGCAGCUGUCAGCCGCCAGAGCUUCUGUGAAGGCCCUCAAUGUUGGGAUCACAACACGAGAAGCUCCUCUUCCAUGCAAAUUUUCAGGCAGUGUGUUAAGAGACAAUAAAGUAUUACUUUCGAAAAAGAAGGAAGCUUUUCUUAGAUAUGAACUUUUAACAGAUUUACAGAGCCAGUUGACCAGUGUCCUGUUAAGACACAAACAUGCGAUUGAUUUCAAAGAGUCUUGCCAUUCUGAUAACAAUACCAAUCUUCACUCAUCCACUGUGGGAAGAAAGGAUGUAUGUGCUCAAGUGAUGCCCGAAAAUACAUCUCACUCUCGUGAUGUGGUGAGCAUACAAGUCACUGAACAGUCAAAUCCUAGAUUACUGUUAGAGACAAAAAGUGGGCGAAAAAGAAAGAGAAAUCCUGUCAUUGUGACUCCAGCAUGGUCCUAUAGUGAAGCAUCAUGUGGUGCAUCUCAAGUUGAUCAACCCUCAAACUCACACUAUGAGGAAGCAAGAAAUCUCAAUAUUUGGAAAGGAGAUACUCAUUCAUCAGCCUCCCAGAGAUCUUCCUCCAGGAACAUUUUUUCAUGUUUGCAGGGGCGAGAAAAAGGUAUUAGCUGGCAAUUGGCCUAUUCUCAUGGUGCUUAUGCAGGAAGGAAUCAGGAGAAAUGGAUCCCUUUUCUUGAAGGGUGGAGAUCACUUGAGAAUCAGUUUGAAGGGCCAGCUGUCUGGCUCACAAAAAGAAGUUAUUCAUCAUGGGUUCCCACUUGGUGUGCCUAUACAUCUAGCAUGGCUCUUCCUCAACCUAAUGGCAGGCAAGGUGUCCAAAAGGUUCUUGACGUAAGGUUUCACCCAGAAGGGCUGCCUCAACUUGUUUGUAGCUCUAAUGAGGCCCCAAAUGAAUUAUUACUAUAUAAUCUUCUAUCUGGAAGGGCGGUUCAACUCAGCGGUCAUAACUGUCAGAUCCAGGCUGUUGAAUUUGCAGUGAAAGGUGCUAGUGUAGUUUCCUGUGGUUCUAACUGGUUAAAGGUUUGGGACUGUAUUACUGGUUCUUGUCUUUUUACCUUGGGGUCUACGGGAGAUGAUCGAGCCUCAAUUGGACAUACGCAAAAAAUUAAUGCUAUGACAGUCAAUAGCUGGCAGUCGUGCCUAGUGGUCACAAGUGGAGCGAAAGGGGAUGGAAAACUUCUAUUAUGGAAUGCUUUGAGGGGUGAGCUUGCUGCUGAUUUAAAUUCAAAUUUAAGGAUCCGAGACCAGGUUUAUCCUUCCAUUGAUGCUAUGGAAUUUGGCAGUGAAAACCUUCUCGUCUGUGGAAGUGAUUGUGAAUAUGGUGGUCCAGCUGUAGUGCAAUUAUGGGAUAUUGAAUCUCCGGAAUCCUGUCUAUCUUUCCCUGCAAAUGAUUCUUAUAUUACAUCAUUGAAAACAAAUCCAGCUUGCAACACUAUAAUAACAGGUGCUGGGGAUGGGACUGUUGGCUUAUUUGACAUCCGCACUUGUGCUGCAAUUAAUCAUCUCUCGGUGGGCUCUGGUCAUGAGGUUACAUGUGUUUCAUUUAGUGGUUGCGGUACCUAUUUUACUGCCUCUAGUACAUCAAAUAACACCUUGGUAUGGGAUACACGGUUCCUGCCAAUGAACCGUGGGCAGGUUGCUCUAGGUGCAUCCUGUCAAAGCAAUGAUAUGCGUUUCUUUAGGCCUCUACAUUGUCUGAGCCACGGGAAGCAAAUGCCUACUGCAGAACAUGCUGGUCAACUGCCAGGCCAUGUUGAUGAGGGUGAUCAAGGUGUAAAUGAUGCUCGGUGGCUUCAAAGGGAGCCUGUCUUGGUCACCGUGAGUGGUGAUGGGAGCAUGGCAAUGUGGAAUGUUGCCCUAGGUCAACCGUGUGUCAGGCAUAUCAUGAGCCAUACAAGAUGUGUUAAUACUGUUGCAGUAGCUCCAAAUGAUGAAUACUUAUGCACAGGGGGAGAUGAUCAAAAAGUUGUAUUGUAUCAAAAUAACAAUGCAGGCACGCAUAAAAAAUGGCGCCUAUCUCACCCUCUGAAUGGGAAUAAUUAGCAUCAUUGGGUACAUGGCAAAUUCUGUGUUCUAUUGUGGGAAAUGAGUUGGUGAAACAAGUACAAUAUGUACAGCAAUAGUUACAUAUGUUGGUGUACAAUUUAGUCAUUCUCUUGUGCAAUCACAAAUUCUCGAGAAACUGGCUGAGGCUUGGGUGCCUGGGCAAGAUGUAGUGACUUUGAUGUCGUAUACCUGUUGCAAUAACAUGCAGGGUUUUUCUCUUACAAUCAUCUGUAUUUUCCAGACAAUUUUUAUUUUUUUUCUUCUCUGCUGAUAUGAUCUUAUGAUAGUUAA